AUGGAAGCGGCCCUGGAUGCCGCCAAGCAUCUGGCAGAGGUCCGGAGGGCGCUGGAUUUGGCCAUGCGCCAGCGGGAUGCGAAGAGGCUGGCGGAGGCCAUCCAGGCCGCGAAGCAGUGUGCCCUGGCGCCCGAGGAGUUGGCCGCGGCGGAGGCCGUCUUGACGGAGGCAUCGCGCCGGGAGGCUCGUGCAGCGUUGCAGAAGGCCAUUGCCGCUCAGGACGUGUCCACGCUCUUCCAUGCGGUGGCCGAGGCCGAGGCGGCAGGAAUCGAGCAAGAGGACCUGGAGCCGGCGAAGGCAGCUCUGGAUGCCGAGGUGCGCGCUGCCACGAAGGCCGGGGAGCAGCGCCUCUUUGACUCCCACGCUGCGUUGCUCCCGCCAGCUGGGGAGCUUGCCUUCGAGGUGUCGCGGCAGUCGCUCAACGCGGAGGGCUACGGUGGUUUCGACUGGAAAGUUCGCGAGCACCUGGCCUUCGGCACAGUCGCAGUGGGCCAGGAGCUGGCAACCACGCUGGAGAAAGCCUGGUUUGCCAAGAAGUCGAACAUCUUGGACGAGCUGUGCCAGAAUCUCCAAAGCUGCCACAUUUCGAGCAACGGGAAAAUCUGCAAACCUCAAGCCCUGGACAAGACCAUCCUACUGAAGCUGGGUCAUGACAUCAAGUCCCGGAUCAGCCAGCAGACCGAAGCCACGUGGACGAACUUUCCGAUCGCGCUGGCGGCCAUGUUACUCUACACGCAGCAGGAUGUGGACACCGACCGCACGCUGCUUUUCCUCGACUGCCCCUCCGCUGCCGUGGGGCCGCAGCUCUUUGCUGAGAGGAAGGAGGCUUAUGACGCGUACCGGGGGCGGAUGACGAAGGGCGCGGCGCGCCGGAACCCGAUGCUCUCCGGCGAGGUAGGUCGCGUGGCUACGGCGGUGCUCCACUCAGCGCUCAGCGCAGGGAUGCGGCAGGGGGUCGACCCCGUGGCUGCGCAGCCCCUGAGACAGUGGGUCAAGAGCGCCUGCCUGCUCAGCGUGUGCCGACAGAGUUUCGAGGAGCCUCGGGUUCUGACGCGGAUGCUCAUGACGCUUGGCUGGCCGAAUCUCUCCGACCGUGGGCUCCAUGAGCUCCGCAAGAAGCAGAAGGACGACGUCAUCGUUUGUCCGCAGCUUCUGAGCACAUCUGCGAAUCCGGGCUACGUCGACAAGUACCUUUUUCUGGGGGCCGCCAAUCUGGAGCAGCAUGUGAUCCUGACGAUUCGCGCCCCGGCCUUGAACAGCUGCAUUUUGGGAGAUGAGGCUUGCCGGGUGUUCUCGGGGUCUUCGUCGAAGAGGCCUCUCAUUUUUUGA